AUCCACUUCUCUUGCCUUCUCCUCCUUGGUGAACAAGGUCCACCUCCAUCCCACCACCAUGUCCUGCUUCAGUCUGUGCCGUCCCUGUGGCCCGACCCCGCUGGCCAACAGCUGCAACGAGGCCUGUGUGCGCCAGUGCCAGGACUCCCGGGUGGUGAUUCAGCCCUCUCCCGUGGUGGUCACCCUGCCUGGACCCAUCCUCAGCUCCUUCCCCCAGAACACCGCUGUGGGCUCCAGCACCUCUGCUGCUGUUGGCAGCAUCCUGAGCCAGGAGGGAGUGCCUAUCUCCUCUGGUGGCUUUGGCAUCUCUGGCCUGGGCAGCCGCAUCUCUGGCAGUAGGUACCUGCCCUGCUAAGGAUGAGGUGGAUGUCCCAGGAGCCCAUUGCCCAGGAAGCCCAAAGCCAGAUGCCAUAUUGAGGAUGGAGUUGCUAGCCAGCAUUUCCAGAUGGGAUGAGCAACCUUGCUCUGUCCUGCAAAGAAGAGAGUGAAUCCUGGAUGCCUGCCUUGUCUGUCUGGCAAUGCUGCCACCUGAUGUCUUCUUCUUCUCCCACUUUCCACUCAUCAUCAUUAGGAGUCCAUCUGGUCUCCUGCUGUCCUGUGCCUUGGGUUCAUCCUGAAGCAAGUUGAGAUGGUCCUGCUUCUUCUUCCUCUUGUCUUCUGAGGGAGAAACACCUGAAUCCCAUGGUGGUGAUGGAGUGUCUGAGUGCUGGCUUUUUUCAUCGAAGCAUGGGCAAGAUCACUUCUAUCAUGCACUGCUUUGAUUUCUUCUGUAGUCUCAAUAAAGUUAUGCUGCAUUGUA